CAUUGUUUUAGUUUGUAUGACGUCUACAUGACCAGUAACACUUCGUUGACUUUCUAAUCUUACUGGUACUGUAUUAAUUUCCUGUUCACAAGCUGAAGAAGCGUAUCUCAACGCGAGAGUGGUUCUUCUGUUCGUAGCUGUACAGGCUGAGCUGGUUGGUACUGUUCCGCUGAUGAGCGCCCAGGUAAUGUGUUACUGACUGAUUCCAUGGGACGAGAAGGGCACAGCGCCAAUGCGUUCAUGCGCCCAACUAAACUAAUAAAUAUUCGUUAGCAGGUCUCCGCAGUUUGGAGCAGAUGACGGCAGAAGGUGAGGCUGGCUCCGUCAACACUGCCAGAAAUGAUUCAACGUCGUUACUCAAGCCGAAGGGGGACCAGGAUACCAUAGGCACGAUGACUGGCUGUGACGCUACUAGUUCUGUUUCAAGCAGCAGGGAAUUAACCCUGUCGCAAUCUUAUUACAAAGCCACUUACACAGUUGAAAGUGUUUCGAGCCUGCACGAGGUUUCAGCAGCACGGAAGUUCCUCAUCUUAGCUACGCUGGCCGCGGCCAUUACCGCCGCGGAUCUAACAUCCUUUGGUGCCUUCUUCACGACUGCAGCGCUGAGCAAGAACGCAAAUGGCGGAGCCGACUAUCACACCGCUGUGGGUGCAGUGUACGCCAUGCUGCAGAUCGGUACUAUCCUGGCUGCUCCGCUUGUGACCAGGGAACUUCCCUACAUUGGUAGCAAGUACAUGAUGGCGCUGAGCAUGGCUAGCAUGGGAGUAGCGCAGGUGAUAUUUGCGUUCGUCGACCGGAUUGCAGACUGGAGAGUGUUUCUGGUCUAUUGUUAUAUCAUCAGAAUCAUGCUGGGAAUCACCUACGCCGGGUUGACCAUAUCCGCGAGUAGUUAUUUGACGGCAGUGUUCCCGAGCAGACUGGGAUUUGUAAACGGAUUCGUGUUUACCUUCGCCUACGCUGGCCACGCGCUGGGAAUGUUUCUCGGUGGCGCCUUGUUCGAUGCCGGUGGAUAUCCUUUGCCGUUUCUGACGACGGGUGUGCCAAUGCUGGUGGUAGCCGUGGCAAUUCAGGUCGCUGUCCAGGAAGAUGCGGCCGAGACUGUGGUAGCGGAUGCCGACACUUCAGAGAAGCACAUUGGCGUGCGCGUCAUUCUGCGCUACCCGUGGGUCUGGGUUCUUCUGACCACCUUGACCGUAGCCAUGGUUACGUUCAGUGGCGUGGAAGCGGUGCUUGGGCCGCGUAUGCAGUCCAUAUUUGGAUCACGUGCCAUCACCGUUGGCGGCGCUCUUUCAGCAAAGAUUAUCGUCGCUGCCGGAACAUGCCCGGCCGUUGGAUCUGCUCUUGAUGCGGGCUACAGCCCACAUGUGUUUGUCGUCGUCUCCUUUCUGCUCACCGCCGUUGCUUGUCUUCUGCUGGGACCGGCGUCGUUUCUACACCUGCCCAGCUCGCUGUGGUUGGUGUACACAUCUAUGAUAGCAAUGGCCGUGGGGCACAUUGGCAUGACUGUCUCCAUCAUCUACGCCAUGACCCAGUACCUGCAACGGGUCGGCGUCGGCUCGGCCAUGCAAGUACGCGUGGCCAUCGCCGGUAUAUCCUGGACGUGCAUGUCGGGCGGCUUCGCACUGGCUCCCAUCCUGACCACCGCACUGGUGGCGCUGAUGGACUUCCAGGCAGUGUGGACGCUCUACGCCUUCGUUCACCUGGCCGCCGCUCUCGCCUUCGGAGUUCUUUCGUGGGUGCAUUCCAGGAUUUACGGACACGCCGGUACAGCUGGGCAUACUGGUCAGGAUCUGGGCACAGCCGACACAGAUGUCGCCACGGAAACACCCAGUGACGUCAUCACUGGCAGUGAGCAACCUGGCACCGAGGAGUCACAGCUGAUUCCUCGUAAGUAGUGUUCACGCAGAUGAGACGAACAUGGCACUUACCAGUGCUUUUGAUAUUGACGGCACGCCCGGCCCUCUAAAGUACAAAAAGCAGUAGCCUGUUGGGACUUCCUUACUACACAAAAAAAAAGCUAGAAUUACUACUAACUACUACCCUCCCUUAUCCGGCUUCGUUGUGUUCGAAGGGUUGCUGAGACUGGGAAAACCCCUCACCCUGAAUAGAAUAAUAAUGUGCCAACCUAGGUAUGAGAGGUCAGGGCUGAGUAUAUUUGCAAAACGUUCAAUUGUAUUGAGAUGGUUGCAGUACUGGUUCCUUAGCUGGUAUAUUUUAUUUACUGCUCCAGAAUGAACAGGCAUUGCUGCCUUCUUGCCUGGACACGCGUGGGUUGUCCAAGCUCUUCAGAAUGACAAAGGAAGGAAAGAGGUGCUGCAACCAUGAACUGCUACGGAUGAAGUAGUGGGCAACACCAACCUUGACUGACGAUAAUCCAUUUUUAUAUGGUCAACAAUCCUAUAUUUAGACUCCGGUGGAGAGCUCAGGAUUAUCUAUAAGAAGAAAAGAGGACCAAAGAGCUACAUGUUACGCUAUAAUAUCCGCUAACACCAUCAGUUACUUUACAAUCAGCAUCGUGCAAUGUUA